UAUCUGCUUAAUUAAUCUAUUCCUUCCACGUGAGCAGCCAAUUUUUGCUAUUUAUUUAUUUAUUUACCUAUUUAUUUAUUUAUUUACUUCUCGACUUACCCUAUUUACAUAUUUGCCUAUUUACCUGCGACGGGGGGCCUUGGAAAGGGAGGCUGGAUUCCGGUAUCACAGUUUAAUUAAGCCGGGGAUUAUCGCAGUCACCAUCUUCACCUUCACCUCCACCUCCACCUUCACCUUUGUUAUGAUUCUUCCCCCGUGUCUCGUUACUUGUACCAGUACUAUCGCCUCCUUGUGGUCGCGUUCUCCCCUUUUGGCGUGACCCACAACACGCUAAAACCAUAAUCAAAGACGUCAUUCGCCCACCUGAGACGCGUUAUCUCCUUCACCCUCGCCCUCCCUCCCACCCAUCAACCUCCUUCUGCCCUCCAUCUUCUCUCUCCCCUACCUGUACUUCUUUCCUCCCUCCUUCCCUCUCUGCUCUUAACUCCCACACCGCCCCAACACAACACCACCGCCAAAGAAAAAUAAGUCAGCCAAACAAUGGUCUAUCGGGUCGAAGUCUCCCCCAACGGCCGUGCGAGCUGUAAAGCUACUACCUGCGGUAAAGCUAAAAUCGGGAAAGGCGAACUCCGUCUGGGGACAUGGGUCAAAGGGCCCACUUUCGAGUCCUGGUCCUGGCGCCACUGGGGCUGCUUCACUCCUCAACAGAUUGCUAAUGCGCGCAAGGGAUUGUUGCCGGAGGGCGAAGAGGAUGAGGAGGGGAAGGAAGUGGACAUGAACCUCUUUGAUGGAUGGGAGGAGUUGCCGGAUGAGCAGAAGGACAGGGUUAAGAUUGCGAUGGAUGUGGGGCAUGUCGAUGAUGAGGACUGGAAAGGUGAUGUUGGCUUGAAUCGCAAGGGCGCAAAGAAGGCUGUUGGGAAGAUCAAAGGAAAGGUUGCAAUCGCGGCAAAGAGGGUUGGGAAGCAUGAUGACGACGAGGAAGAGGAAGCUGUGGAGUAUGUUGACCUGCAAUUGCCUAUAAUACCGCAAAGCACUAACACCGUGACAGAACUGACAAAGAACCUGUCCCCAAAAAGUCUGGCAAAAAAUCCUCUGUAGCUUCCACCACCGCCACCACGCCCAGGAAGCGUGCUCCCGCCAAAAGAUCGACCCCAACCCCGACCCCCCCCGCAUCUGCAUCUCCCGAACCUGUCAAAUCCAAAAAACCCACCCCUUCCAAAAGGUCCACCAGGCCCGCUGCCAUUGCAGAACCCAUUCGUCCCCGUUCCUCCCGCUCAACUGCCACAACCCCAAAGAAGUACACCGAAGUCACUGAAUCCGCCGAUGACGACUCCCCCCCCGCCGCUCGCAAGUCCCGCGUAACCACUGCUCCCGGCAGAGACACGAAGUCUGCAAAAGAUGGGAAGAGGAAUGCUAGGAAGGGGAGAGGCAAGAAGGCUGGCGGUGAUAGCGAUACCGAAGAUGAAGCCGCAGAGAUGGUGUUGCAUGCUGAUGAUGACAUUGAGGAAGAUGCUACUGACUUGCCCCCGCCAAAAGCGCAAUCAAGAGGCAGAGAAGGCGGGAGAAAACGCAAGGCUGCAGCAGUUAUGGAUGAUGCACAGAGUAGAGUUGAUGAAGAGGAAGAGUACGCCCUCUUGGCUAUCAGACCUAGAAAUCAAAUUGAGACUAAUUUGAGCAUGGGAAAUAGGCAACGCAAGAAGAAACGCACUAAAGCAAAGCCCGCCCCCACUAAAAAGGAACAGUCGGCCAAGACCAAGAAGGCUACUACCACCCCGGCCUCUGACAAGAAGACCAAGACUAAGGCCAAAGACUCUGCAAAGGAAACCCCAGAAGCGAAGGAUAAGGGCGAAGCCGGGAAAAGUAUUUUCGGUGGAGAGUAG